AUGCCCGACUUGGAUUGUAAGUCUGUAACCGAGAAACCGUGGCUGCCAAGUUUUGUUGUGCGCAAUCACAGCCGGACGCGUGCAUCGGACGGCCGCGAUCGAGCCGGCACACGGCACCGCCUCGUCCCCGACGCGGACUCCGCUUCCGUUUCCAGGAUCCGCGGCCCCCGCGCGUAUAAAUCCACGACGCGGCUUGCCCCCGCAGCACAAUGCAAUCAACGAAAGCCAACAAGAAGAUCUCCAGCGCCAGAAUCCCCGGAGCCCAGGAGAAAGCCGUCGUCGUCGUUCAAGUUGGAGGCCACCGGCGGCGUGGCCCCGUCCGAGGACAAGGCCCCCCUCGCGUUGGAGGGGUGGGGAUUGGUGAGCUACUCCGACGAGGAUGAGGAUGAGGUGAAGGCCAAGCCCGCGGCGGCCAAGAAGCAGGGGAAGAGCACCGGCAAGGCCCGCGCGCCGUCCAAGGACAGGUACCUGCUCAAGAAGCCCGCCGGCCAGCAGGACCAGAAGGCGACGCCCGAGCCCGAGGACCAGUUCAUGCUCGGCCCGGCGGCGGGCUUCGGCGAGCUGCCGCUGUCCUCGUUCGACCCCUUCGCCGACGCCGAGCGCGCCGACGAGGAGGACGCGCCGGCGGCGCCCAGGGACGGCGCGGUCCACCUCCGCGUGCAGCAGCGCAACGGCAAGAAGAGCCUGACCACGGUGCAGGGGCUCAGCGCGGCCUACAACUACGCCAAGAUCCUCCGGGACCUCAAGCGGGACCUCUGCUGCAGCGGCAUCGUGGUGGAGGACGAGGAGCUCGGCAGCGUCAUCCAGCUGCAGGGCGACCACCGCAAGGCCGUCGCCGGAUUCCUCGUCAAGGCCGGCAUGGUCAGCAAGCCCAACGUCAAGAUCCACGGCGCCUAGCCGCCGCCUGUUCCGGUUUCGAUCAGAGUCUGCUAGCUGUUUCGGUCGUGUUUAAUUUCCAGUUUAGGCGUCGUCGGAUGCUCUGUUUGGUAAUUCGUGUCUCGUUUUAGUUUGGUUGUCAGAUCGUGUGCCGCCGUAGUAUGGAUUGCAGAUCUCAUCAUGUUAAGAUCUCGAGUUCGUUUUUGGGAUUAAUAAAGCAGACUUUUGCUAUA